AUGAAUAGAGUUAUAAAACGAUAUAUAACAGGUAACUUAGAGAAAACGUUAUACGAUGCGUUUGUGGCGGACACCAGAUCAUUAAAUAAGUCAUCUAAACUAUAUAGCCCUCAAAAUAUUUUUAACAAUAAAAGUGAAGGUGUACGUAGUUCAAAGAAUUACCAAAAGAAUCGUACAAUUACGGAUAAAUGGUUACAAGAUGCAUUAAAUACAAGAGUCGAAAUCAAGGGUCCAAAAGUUGUAUCAUUACAAUUACCAAUCAUACUAAAAACUCUACAGAGGUUGAGGACGACUAAUAACACACAUUUAUAUUUUAAAUUAAUGAAAAGGUUGAAUUCAACUAAGAUCAAUUGGGUCACCACAAAUUAUGCUACUUCUAUUAAGGAACAAUACGAAGAUAACAUACCACCUGAAUUUUAUCACGAGUUAUCAAGCAUGCUCUAUAAAAUUAGUUUAAGACUUAGACAUUUUAAGGAUGAAGAUGAUAUUAAUGCAUUAUCGAAAUUUACUUUAAAUUUAAUUUCUCAAUAUAUUGUAUUAUUAGAGAAAAGAAAGACGAAAUUACAUGUAAAUUUUUGGAAAAAUGUUAUAUCUGUUAUAUUAAAAUCUAAAUCUUUAAUCUAUAAGGAAGAAAUAUUAACGUUAAUUAAAAGAUUGAAUUUGUCCUCCGAGGAAGUCAAUUUUGGUGAAAUAUUGAAGGAAUAUACUAAUUUAUACUUUUAUUUAGAAACGGAUCAGUUAUUAGAACUAGAAAAUUAUGUGAAAGGUUGUUUGGUUCUAAAGGGGUCGGAUAUGUCUGGUAUACUUGAAGAAAGCCAAUUGAAGAUAUUUUCUCCUUUAUUAGUUCGAACAUUACAAAAAUAUAUCAUGUGUGGUAUGGAGGAGUCCUAUGACCACUUAGCUAAGUUAAUGGUUCGUAACUUUUCCACUAUUCUAGAUGAGCAUGAUAUUGCAACAAUAGACAAUCUGUGUAAGAAUGAGGCGCUGACUGCAUUUUCUACUUAUUUGGGAUUAACUUCCUUCGCUAAUGAAGAUAUAGCAUUUGAUACUCUGCGAGAGUCCCUUUUAAUAGAACAGGGUUCGUUCUUAAAUAUAUUGCGCAAAUUACAGGAAAACAACAUAGAUCCUUAUAGCAGUACGUAUCUAGGGAAGCUUGAUUUUGUUCUAUUCAAAGUGGAAGGGAAGGAAAGACCAAGACUUGAACAUUGGGAAAAAGAAUUUCCACCUAUAUUAAGUUAUUUCGCUAAUACUAAUACGCCUCUCCCAAUUAAAAAAUUUUUUGUAAAUACAUUAAUGCAGCAUUUAGUUGGUGACAGAUACGUUGGUUAUGUUAUAGCCGUUCUGCAGACCCUUUAUGUCCGAUUUAAGUUUGACGUUCCUCUUGGAGAAUGUCAGGAGGAUUAUUCACUCACCUCAACUGGGUUUCAUCCUUUAUUUAAACUGAUAGAACAUAGUUCAUAUGCAACUAUGUGCUCAUUUAGGCUAUUUGAACAUAUGCUUAAACUACAGAAAAAUGGAAAAUUCAAAUUUCAACCUGAGGAUUUCAAUUAUCUUUUUAUCAGUGCUAGUGACAUAAAUGAUAAUAUGUUAUUCAAUUAUUAUUUAUUACAUUAUUUAGAACUAUAUGGACACCAAAACUGUAAUGUGGAAACAAAGGAUUGGGUUCUACCAGAUAAAUUGAUAUGGAUUACUAAAAAAGAUUUUAAAUUUGGUAUUAGUGAGGAAUCAUUAGAAAUCAUUAAAAAUGUAUAUGUUGAGAAUGGUGGUAAACAAUUAACACAAGAUAAUGGUGGAGGGAUUUAUAGCUUAUUCUCCGAUGACAAGUAUAAAACUGCAAAGAAGGAGAAUAAAAAUCAAACUAAGCCAUUCAAAAGUAAAUUACAAGAUGUUUUACGUAAUAGUAAUUUAACGAAGGAGGGUUAUUCUACCGAAAUUGAUUUCCGCUAUGCUGAUUCAUUAGCUAAUUUAUUGGAAUAUAUUGAACCAGUGCGGGAUCUAAAUUAA